AUGAAGACGAUGACGAAGCAGAUGGGUGGAGAGGUGAAGCCUCAAGGGCUGCUACACCGUUCUACCCUGAUUCGACGUCCGAAUGUUCGACUCCAGGAUAACGAAGUGGAGAUUCCCGUGAGCUUAGUUAUUGAGGCCGUGAGUGUUCUCGUGGAGCCGCUAAGUGUUUCCGAGGCCCUGCAAGGCCCCGACGCUGAGAAUACCCCGCGGAAGAAGUGGGCGCGCUGGGCGCCGGAGGAAGAAGGUGCCGAGAUGGAUGUCGACGGACGCGAGUGA